AUGGUAACACCAUUGAAUGAUAAUGCCAUCCCACCGGCAACCGUUGAAUACUUGUUGCGCCCCCAUCGAAACCACAAUCCGCCCCCAGCACAUGUGUCUUCGGAAAUUCGUUCAUACAUAAUGCGAUAUAAUCGAACCCCAACCAGAGGGCCGAUUUUCACGCCUGUGCAGAAGGACUGGUUGAAAGAUCAUAUACCACAGUAUAUGCAGUGGCCUACUACCUCAGAUGAGACGAUCACAUUCGUACAGACCAUGCUUAUUGAUUUCGACCACAUGUGGCCUCUUCACCAGAAGUUGUGGCCCGGGUCGAAUGUUCACAUUUUGCUAACCGACAGCAUGCAUGCCAAAUUGACGGCGGAGAUGCUGAUUCUUCGAGGGAAUAUCAAGGGCCACAUGCUUGAUCCGCCAUUUCCCAAAUCCAAGGAAGUCAUCCCAUCCUCCAUUUCUUGGACGUCCGACCCCGCCGGCCUAUGGAGUAUAAAUUCAGAACGUGAUACCAUGGUAUCUGUCCGACUGGACAGUCUCAUCAAUCUUCUCCAGUGUCUUUCCCUCGACGAUCAAAAGACACUAUCUCAGGCCUUAGACAUUGGCACGGACACGGGCACCGAUGGUGAUACAUCCAAUGAUAACAUCACCGUCAGAAUGGGCCUGGGCCCUGCCGCUGGCAGCACCGAAAUGGCAUUGGCUGCUCUUCCCGCUGUCUCUGAUGACCCCCCUGCUACAACCAUUGACAGUCCCAGGGAAGCUGCACCAGUUGCUUCUCCUGGCGCAGCUGCUGCCCAUAGUGCUGGCACCACUCCUACUUCUGCCCCCGCAACUGCACAUGCUGCUGCUCCCACUGUGGUUGUUCCUGCAGGGCAUGUCACUGUCUAUGUCGAUUACGAGGAAAACGACUCCUCUGAUGACGAAGAUGCGGCUGCUGCAGCUGCUGCACUUGCGAAUGAUUCCACAUUGAUUCAUUACCGCGAUACCUACUUCAAUGUCCCAGUUGAUGCCACCCCGCCGCUCUAUUAUGUGACUCGAGGUCGCUACAUCGGCAUCUUUUCAGGCUGGGAUGCAACCGGUCCCAAAGUGCUCGGUGUCUCUCGAGCCAUCUACCACAAGGUGGAUUCCAUCGAGCAAGGGAUAAACAUCGUGAAGGGUGCAAUUGAUCGCGGUGAUGCUUCGCAGGCCUUGUAG